GGACCGGGCGAGAGCUCUAGGUCAGCGCUCAAGGCAGCGGCGACCGGAGCGGUUCGGAGAUGCAGGCGGCGAGGAUGGCCCCCAGCGUGGGGCGGCAGCUGCUGAGCUCGCGGCCCAGCGCGCUCCUGGGGCAGCCCCGGCCCGGCCCUGCCCGGCGACACUAUGCCAGUGGGGCCGCUCAGGCUGCUCUGGACAAGGCAGAGUCCCUCUCCUCUGAGGCUUUGACCAGGGGAAAACGGGCCAAGGCGGAAUCUAAGUCCUUUGCUGUGGGGAUGUUCAAGGGUCAGCUCACCACAGACCAGGUGUUUCCAUACCCCUCUGUGCUCAACGAGGAGCAGACACAGUUUCUCAAAGAGCUGGUGGGACCUGUGUCCCGUUUCUUCGAGGAUGUGAAUGAUCCUGCCAAGAAUGACAUGCUGGAGCGGGUGGAGGAGACCACUAUGCAGGGCCUCAAAGAGCUGGGGGCAUUUGGUCUACAGGUGCCCAGUGAGCUGGGCGGUGUGGGCCUCUGCAACACCCAGUACGCCCGCUUGGUGGAGAUCGUGGGCAUGCACGACCUUGGCGUGGGCAUCACUCUGGGCGCCCAUCAGAGCAUCGGUUUCAAAGGCAUCCUGCUCUUUGGCACGAAGGCCCAGAAAGAAAAAUACCUCCCCAAACUGGCAUCUGGGGAGACUAUAGCCGCUUUCUGUCUAACUGAGCCCUCCAGUGGGUCUGAUGCAGCCUCCAUCCGAAGCUCAGCUGUGCCCAGCCCCUGUGGAAAAUAUUAUACCCUCAAUGGAAGCAAGAUUUGGAUCAGUAACGGGGGCCUAGCAGACAUCUUCACAGUCUUUGCCAAGACACCAGUUACAGAUGCAGCCACAGGGGCUGUGAAGGAGAAGAUAACAGCUUUUGUGGUGGAGAGGAGCUUUGGAGGUGUCACCCAUGGGCCCCCUGAGAAGAAGAUGGGCAUCAAGGCCUCAAACACAGCAGAGGUGUACUUUGAUGGAGUACAGGUGCCAUCAGAAAAUGUGCUGGGUGAGGUGGGGGGCGGCUUCAAGGUCGCCAUGCACAUUCUCAACAAUGGAAGGUUUGGCAUGGCUGCGGCCCUUGCAGGCACCAUGAAGGGCAUCAUUGCUAAAGCGGUUGAUCAUGCUGCUAAUCGUACCCAGUUUGGGGAGAAAAUUCACAACUUUGGGAUGAUCCAGGAGAAGCUGGCCCGGAUGGCUAUGCUGCAAUAUGUGACUGAGUCCAUGGCUUACAUGGUGAGUGCCAACAUGGACCAGGGAUCCACGGACUUCCAGAUAGAGGCCGCCAUCAGCAAAAUCUUUGGCUCGGAGGCAGCCUGGCAGGUGACAGAUGAGUGCAUCCAAAUCAUGGGGGGCAUGGGCUUCAUGAAGGAGCCUGGGGUAGAGCGUGUGCUCCGAGAUCUUCGCAUCUUCCGGAUCUUUGAGGGGACGAACGACAUUCUCCGGCUGUUUGUAGCUCUGCAGGGCUGUAUGGACAAAGGAAAGGAACUCUCUAGGCUUGGCAGUGCUCUAAAGAAUCCUUUUGGGAAUGCCGGCCUCCUGCUAGGAGAGGCAGGCAAACAGCUGAAGCGGCGCGCAGGGAUGGGCAGUGGCCUGAGUCUCAGUGGAGUUAUCCACCAGGAUUUGAAUCGGAGUGGUGAGCUGGCAGUGCAGGCUCUGGAGCAGUUUGCCACUGUGGUGGAGGCUAAGCUGAUAAAACACAAGAAGGAGAUUGUCAACGAACAGUUUCUGCUGCAGCGUCUGGCAGACAGUGCCAUUGACCUCUAUGCCAUGGUGGUGGUUCUGUCCAGGGCCUCAAGAUCCCUGAGUGAGGGCCACCCCACAGCCCAGCAUGAGAAAAUGCUCUGUGACAGCUGGUGUAUUGAGGCUGCAGCUCGGAUCCGGGAGAACAUGGCUGCUCUGCAGUCAGACCCCCAGCAGCAGGAGCUUUUCCGUAACUUCAAAAGCAUCUCCAAGGCCUUGGUGGAACGGGGUGGCGUGGUCACCAGCAACCCUCUUGGCUUCUGAACACUCGCAGCCAGGGCCUGGCCCAGAAUGUGCCUUCUCUCAAGCCAAAGCCCAGGCCCCUUUCCUGCAGGCCCUGGUUCUGCCUUGAAGGGGCCCUCGUCCCAGGACUGUGCCUGGGAGGAAGCACUUAACUGCCUCGCAAAUAAAGUUUCUAACAAGUCA